UUAUGCAAAAACAAUAGAAUAGCAUACAUAACCACAAUUUACUGUAGCUCCAACACUGUUUUCAUCCUAAUCUGCUGUUUGAAAACCUGGGAUCCUAGCAUGGGGAAGUUGUAAUUUUUGUUGUCUAGUUUUAAAUAGUGUAUAAUAUUAAUAUGAUAGUUUGUGGGUAAAUUUUUUGAAUAAGUCAAACUUUGUGUAAACCAAAUAAGUAUAAAAAAAAUCAGUAAGCCAUGCCAAUCUGGACUCGUUUUCGACACUUCAAGCGGAGACUGUUGUGUAACCUCAUCGGCGACAGAAUGUCCGAAUCUCCGACGAAGUCUGCGCCAACGUUGAAAAGCGUAAACGCCCUGAAAGGCAGCCCAUCUCCAACGGGUCGAUCUAAUGCGUCGAAAAAAUUCAUCCCAAGCGGUGAUUACAAACUGACUUUGAAUCGGUUGAAAGUCGAGUUCGAGAAGCGAUAUAACAAUCCCAAAUUGGCCAGCGAUGCCCCGUUGGACGAUUAUGAUGUGCUUAAAACCCUCGGAACCGGUGCCUUCGGAGUGGUGAAAUUGAUCCGCAAAAAAAAUACCGAGCAGUACUUCGCGAUGAAGGUUCUCUCCAAGGAGAAGAUUGUACGACUUAAGCAGCUGACGCAUACACUUAACGAAAAGCGAAUACUGCAAAGUGUCGAUUUUCCUUUUCUGGUCAGUUUGGAGUGCUGCUACAAGGAUAAUUCGUUCAUUUAUCUGGCAAUGCCGUUUAUCAGCGGUGGAGAAAUGUUUUCGUUGCUCCGAAAGUGCAAACGGUUUGGGGAAGAUCAGGCUAGGUUUUAUGGUGCCCAAGUGGCACUGGCUUUAGAGUAUCUGCAUUACAUGAACCUCAUCUACCGUGACUUGAAACCAGAAAAUAUUCUUAUUGACACGAAAGGAUACGUGAAAAUAACCGACUUUGGUUUUUGCAAGCUUAUAAGAGACCGAACGUGGACGCUGUGUGGAACACCCGAAUAUUUAGCACCGGAAAUUAUUCAAUCUAAGGGAUACGGCAAAAGUGUUGAUUGGUGGUCGUAUGGUAUUCUGUUAUACGAAAUGGUUGCCGGUUAUGCUCCUUUUUACAGUCACACCGGAGACCAGAUAGCUUUGUUUGAACGAAUCUGCAAAGGGAGGGUUCGUUUUCCAGCUCAAAUCAGCAGCGAUCUUCGUAAUCUGGUUCAGAACUUGCUGCAAAUCGACCUUACGAAACGUUACGGCAAUCUUAAAAAUGGUACCGGUGAUAUCAAGCAGCAUGCGUGGUUUCGUACAACCAACUGGGUUGGGCUCUUGAAUGCGGAAAUUACAGCACCUUUUAUACCGAAAGUAUCUGGCCCAGGUGAUGCUUCUCAGUUCGAGGUUUAUGACGAGCAGGACAUGAGGGUAGCAUCAAAAUGUUUGUAUAUCAAAGAAUUUGCCGAAUUUUAAUUUACCGUAAUUGUAAACGUUUUA